AUGAAAGAAGAACCAAAUGACAUGACAAAUGAAAAAAAGAAUGAUGAAGACGAGGAAGAAUCGAGUUCGAGUGAUGACGAUAGUGAAUCAUCGAAUGCGUCCAGUUCGGAUAGCAGCGAUACAAGUGAUGAAGACGGUUCAGAUUCUGAAAAUAGGAAAAAAGAAAAAGAAGAUGGAGGAAAAGCGAACAAUGAAGUCACUAUCACAAAAGAGGAUGAAGAUGAUUUUGACAACAAUGAAACAGCACGUUUAAGUCCAAAGCAAGAAUAUUUAAAAUUGAAAGAAAAACGUACAAAUUUAUUUAAACGAGCAUUAAAAUUACGUGAUGAAAUGAAAGAUGCUGAUAUCGAAGCUAAAAAACGUUUAUUAAAAGAAAUAAAAAAUAUGCGUGAACGUUGUCUAACUGUUCAAACACGGAUCACAAAUAUAAAAGCACGUUUGAGCCAUAGUCCAACUCCAGAACGUCAGAUUACAACGACAGUCACAGCAGCAUCUGAAAAUUCUACUUUAAAAGAACCUAGUAACCAAGAAAAACGGACAAACCAGCCUUCUAUUUCGCAACGUCAACCCGAAACACAUCGUCACAAAUCAUCUCAUCAUCAUACUCGCCCUACUAGGCGGUCACAACAUCGACAGAGACUAAAAACAUCAUCUUCUAGGAGUAGAUCAAGAUCGCAAUCAACAUCACCACCACAAGAAAACAAGAAGUCAGAAAAGGCCAAUACUUCAUUCAGUCAAAAAUUAUAUCGCGAUUUGGACGAACCCAGUGAUAGUAUUAAACUUAAUGAUUUCGAUCAAUUUGGUACGGGUGGAAUUCCGACAUCUGCAUUAACGAGUCGUGGAUUAAAAGCAGCACUGAAAUCUUCACAACAACGUUCAACAUCUUAUUUGGAUUUAACGGAUAAUUCAACUUUAAAUAAUCGUAGUCCCACACGUUCUCCGUCAAAUUUAAAUCGUUUGUCAUUAAAAGAUCGUGAUAUUAUCGAUAGUAGUAUGCCAUACGAACGUGAUCCAUCGACACUCAUCAAACAAACAUCGUUCGCUACACAAGAAGCACUCAAUGAACAUACAACUCCAUCAACUCCUUUUGCUAAUAUCAAAUUUCCUUAUCCUGUUAUAAAUGAUAAUCGCGAUUUAGAUACAAUAAAUCGUAUUUUAAAAGAUAAAUUACGUCAAUCAGAACAAAAAUGCAAUCAUUUAUUAUUUGAACAAACAAAUGCUACGAAUAAUAAUGAUUAUGACAAUAUGCAGCAGCAAAUAAAACGUUUGCAUAAACAAAUUGAAUAUAUUAAUGGACGUAUUAAAAUUGAAAAACUAAAACGAACAAAAUGUAAAACACAACGAGAGAAAGAACAAGCAAAGAAAAAAAUGCAAUCGUUAAUUAAAGAUGUGCAUAAAUUACAUUCAUUUAUGAAAAUAGAAAACAGAAAUUAUUUAAACGAAAAUGCAACAACAAAUCACAAUAAUUCAUUUGAAUCGACACAAUACCACGAAAAAGAAAUUAAUAAUGUUGAUGAAACAAACGAGUCAGCAGAAGAACAAUUAUCACCAAAAGAUUUGUUAAAAGUGACUGGAAGAAAAACAAUGUUUCAUACUGAUUCAGAGAGUGAAAUGGAUGAUGAAGAUAAACAAAAACAAAAACAUCGUCGGAAUGAAGUUAUACGACAACAACAACCACAAGUACCUGUUUGCUCAUCACAAAGUGACAUACGUACAGUACCAAAUGCCCAAAUAUCAGAUCCAGAUUUUAAAAAAUUGCCACCAUCAUCCCAUUAUCAUUUUGAUUUCUCUGUUCCACCACCACCCAUGGGUACAUUGAUGCCAUCAACAUUAAACACCAUUAAAUCACGUGUUACUAAUUUAUUAAAUGUUGGUCCGACAACGAACAAAUCACAGCUAGAGAGCAAAAAAAUGGAGACAGACGGAGCGACUACGACAGCCACGCGAACAAAUCGAAAACGUCGAAAAAAGAAGAAAAACAACAAGAAAACAAAUAAUAAUGAUUUUACAACAGAAAUAAAAGAAAAUUUAUUGGACCGAAAUGAUGAUUUGAAAUUUCAAGUUGCUAUGCAAUUAGAGCAAAGUUUUUUAAAUAAUUCAUUAAUGGAAACAAAUCCGAUAUUGAAAGCGCUAACAUUUGAAGCACAAAAAAAGCUUGGUAUUAAUGUAAAUUCUAACAAUAAAACAAAUGUUACAGAAGACUUGAGCAUCGAGCCAGAAUCAAUGGAUUAUGAAAAUGAAAAUGAAAAUGGUAGUGUUGUUAAUCCAUCACCUCCAGCAACAGGUCCACCUAUGUUUCCGUUUAAUAUGAUAAACUUUCUAUCUGCAGAUAAUACAAAUUUGAAUCCAUUAAUGAACAGAUAUCUAUUGAAUAACUCAUCAUCUUCAACGCAUCCGAAUUUAGCUGAUUUUCUUUCAACAUUUCAUGGAAAUUCUAAUUUAUUAUCUCAACAACACCAUCCAAAAACCUUUGAAAAUAACCAACAACAAACGACAACUCCCAUAACACCUACAUCAAAGUCGUUUUCAUCAAUUUUCGAACAGUUUACUACACAAUCAUCAACAAUACCAAAAACACCAGUAAUCUCAACGCCAGAAGAUAAUCUAAUUCAAGCUAGAAAAAUUCUUAAUUCAUUAACUCAUAAUGAUAUUAAUGAACUGCUGAAAUUAAGUGGCGACGAACACGAUGAUGAUUACGACAGCGACGACAAUAAUUUAUCAAUUGAUGGUGGUGAUAUGAGUAAUUUUACGAGAGGAGGCUUAUUUGAUGAAGACAAUUCAUUAAUUGAUAUUGAUAAUUGGAACGAGAAUAAAUUGAAGCAGGAGCAACAAGAACCACAGUCACAAGAUGGAACUAUUAAACAUAAUGGACAACAGCAACAACAACACAAUAAAAUACAGACAUCAAAAAAUACCAAAGUAACAUUAAUAUUACCGAGUUUAAACCGUUUUACUUAUUUAGGAAAACCGACAAGACGAGUUGAACGAACAUUUUCAUCAUUUUCAACUCAAAAACAACAAACAGAGAACAAUGUAUCCUUUGUAUCACUAGCAGUACCAACAUCAUACUUUAAUAACAAUGACUUAAAAACUGGUUUAGUUCUCAAAGUCAGCAGAUCCAUCGGUCUACCCUCUUAUUGUAUGGCUUCAUUAUUUGUUGACAAACAACGCAAUCAUCAUACUGCAUCAAUGCCUUCUUACACCGAUUAUAAAACGUCUUAUUCAUCAUAUGAGCAGAAAUCACCAAUGGAUUCUUCUAGUGAUAAUAUUAGAAAAAGUAGUCGAUCAAAUUCUUCAUGCUCCUCCCUAAGUUCUACCAGUUCAAGAUCCUCUUCAACUUCAUCUACAUCUUCUCAUAGCUCGUUUUCAAGUUCAUCUUCAAAUUCAAUAAUAUCAUUUGAUCAAUCCUAUUCAAAAUACGAUGGAAAACGAAAACGACUUCCAUUAGACACACCAAACAAACGUAUUUCUUUGUCGACUGAUUCGUUUGGCCAAUCUAGUACAAAGCCGCAUGCAUCAAGAUCAGAAACCUCCGUCAAAAAACCUCUUCAUCAAUCACAACAACAACAACACCAAAUAAAAUUACCGUAUCCUGUCUUGGCCGAUCAUCGUGAUUCGCAGUCAGUAUUAGUUGUGCUACAAAAAGAAACUCAAACUACAAAUAAAAAAAUACAUGAUGUUACACAGCAAAUUGAAGAUAAAGAAAAAAGAUUAAUGACAUCUAAUAGUAACAAUAAAAAAUUAUUGAAACAUGAACGUACAAAAUUAAAACAACAACUAGACACGUUGAAAAAACAUGAGCGACGUGUUAAUUUACAAAUUGAUUAUAUUACAACAAAAAUGGAAAUCAAAGGACUAGAAGAUGAAACAAAUAAAAAAAAAUCAAACGAUACAACCACUGAUGAUGUAUUAGAUAGUACAAAUGGAACGAGUAGUGCUGAUAGUGGUGAAGAAAAUCAACAACAAAUCAAAAUGUUAUGUAGUAAAUUGAGACAAAAAUUGGAUAAAAUGAAAGUGUACAUGAAAGCACGAAAUGAUCAAAUGAAAAAAACAUUAACAUCGAUUAAACAAUCCAAGUCUAACAGUAGAAAUAAACUGCGGACAUCAGAUAGUAACAAUCAUAUCAACAGUAAACAGUCGUCCUCUUCAUCAAACCGUCGAGAAACAAAAGGAAAAUGUGUGGAGAAUAAUAAUAAUAAUAAUAAUAAAGAAAAAAAUCGAUCAUCGACAAUGAAUAUUCAUCGCCAAUUGUCGUCAUCAGCGACAACAAAUUCGUCUAGUCAUAAUAAACAUAUUCGAUCCAAUAAUUUACAUCGUUCAUCAUCUACAAACUUUUAUUCAUCAACAACUAGACGAUCGCAUCAAAAUAAUAACCAAAAAAUUCGUUCCAUAUCUCCUAAAUUUAAAUUAACGUCUCGUGUGUCAGCAAAUGAGUCAACAUCUAUUAAAUUUCACUCAUCACCAUCAACAGUUAUUCCAACUGUCAGAUUUGUUCAAAAAACGGAUGGUGAUCCAGUAAAAAGUUUAACAACAAAUACCAUAACACCGCCACCACCAAGUGAUAAUUCUGUUAUUAUUCAACAGCCAACACCUGCCUGCUCGUCAUUUAGUUCAUUAUCGCCUGUGUCUUCAUCAUCAAAUGGUGGUUAUGGUACAUCGUCGAUAACAAUGAAUAAUAAUAAAAAAGAUCGAUUGUCUCUACCGGAACAAACUCAGGAGACUGAGAAUUCAUUCGGAGAGGAUGACGAAGACAUUGAUGUUAGCGAUAUAUUUGAUCAAACAGAUGAUGAAACGAAUGAUGAUGAUUUAGAGGUUGGCGAGUUUAAUGAAGGCGAUAUCUUAAAAUUACAAGCUGAAAUGGAUGAUUUAGAGCGACGAUUAAAAUUAAAACGAGAAAAAGAGACGACGACAACGAUGAAUGACAUAAAAAAAUAA